AUGUCUGAGAAGAAGAAAUCAGAGAGAACCAGUACUGCUAACCCCGAGGAUAGUUUAAGUUCUGGCCAUGAUGAAGAUGAAGAACAGGAGGACGUUACAGUGACUGACAAGUUCAAGAAAAAGAAAAAUGUUGACGACUGGCUUCUACUUCUUGGUGUAAACCCAUCUGCAGAUACGAAAGACUCAGAUGACGAGCAACCUCCUCGUAAAAAGCUCGCAGGCCGGCCUGGAAAUAUGUCACUACCUCCUCGAGAAAUUCGAAUCAAACAGGCGCUGCAUCUUCCUCAGGCGAUGGAUCUUUCUUCAGCCCCGCGUUGCAGGAAUCCAGGCUAUUUGGAAAUGGUUUACAAAUACGUGAGGAAAACCCAGCAGCAAUCAUGGGAUGCAGCUGCGAUGCAGAGAGCUAUUGAAGCUGUUAAAAAUGAUGGAAUGGCGUAUUCAACUGCUGCAAAAAUUUUCUCUGUUCCUAGAAACACUCUAAAGAGGAGGGUCCUUGAUAAGAAUGUCGAUGCAAAAAGCAACAAAAAGGUACUAGGAAAAUACCGACCUGUGUUCACAGAAGAACAAGAAGCAGAAUUGGUGCGACACGUAUUAGAUCUAGAGGUCCGAUUCUUUGGAGUCACCAUUUUAGAUUUGCGGUCAUUAGCGUACAACCUAGCUGUACAAAAUGGCAUUCCAAACAAUUUUAACCGUGAAAAAAAAUUGGCUGGCUUAGACUGGGUUGCUGGAUUCAGAGAUCGGCACCCCGAAAUUAGUUUAAGGAAACCAGAGCAGACUUCUGCAGCAAGGGCUCAGGCAUUUAAUAAACAUAAUGUGACAAGGUUUUUUAAUAUCCUUAAGGAUGUUCAAGAGAAGCAAUUCCACCCUGCGCACAGGGUUUUCAAUGUUGACGAAACAGGUCUCAUGACUGUUCAGUCUAAGAGCUCCAAGAUUCUUGCUCUUAAGGGUAGGCGUCAAGUUGGUACAUUGACAUCGGCUGAAAGAGGUCAGCUAUCAACCUUUGUUGUGUGUAUGUCAGCUGGAGGGUACUUUAUUCCGCCAUUCGUGAUUUUUCCAAGACUUAGGAUGAAAGCAGAACUUCAAGAUGGUGCUCCACCAGGAACUAUGGUUGUCUGUCACCCAUCUGGAUGGAUGCAAAGCGAGAUUUUUCUUCAGUGGUUUGAGCAUUUUCUGACUCAUGCCAAACCGUCAGCUUCCGACCCAGUCUUGUUAAUCUUAGACGGUCAUUCAACCCAUGCAAAGAACCUGGCAUUUAUUGAAAAGGCAAGGGAGAGCCAUACAACCGUUGUUUGUUUACCGCCACAUUGUACGCACAAAAUGCAGCCUUUAGAUGUCUCGUUUAUGGGUCCGUUCAAUACAUUCUAUGUUCAAGCUAUUGAAAAAUUUCUAAAAAACAAUCCUGGAAGGGUUGUGACCCAGUUUCAAGUGGGCCGACUUCUUGGAGAAGCUUUUUUAAAGGCAGCAACUCCAGCCACAGCUAUAAACGGAUUUCGCAAGUGUGGCAUUGUGCCACUAAACCAAGAUGUUUUCACAGAAGCUGAUUACGUUGCUGCCGAAUGCACCGAUGUGCUUCCUCAACAGUUCAGACCUGUUCAACAAGAGCGUGAAACAUGUCAAACUGAAGACCCCGUACUUGAAUCACCUCAAGAAGGUAUAUGCCUACCGUUUGAAGAUCAAGAAGUUCAAUCUGAACCUGGAGAAGAAAUCCUACUGCAACCAAGACCAACUUCCAAGCCACAACAAGGUCCUCCUUCCAGUUCAAAACCUGGGCCUUCUUCCAGUCCACAACCUGAGCCUUCUUCCAGUCCACAACCUGGGCCUUCUUCCAGUUCACAACCUGGGCCUUCUUCCAGCUCACUAAUAGGACCUUCCUUUGCUGUAAGUCCAAAGGAUAUAAUUCCUUUACCUAAAACAAAAGCUGUUAAGAAGACAAACAGGAAAAAAGGAACCGCUGCUGUAUUGACCUCAAGCCCAUAUAAAUUGGAGUUAGAACAAGCAAAAAAGGAAAAAGAAGAAAAAGAAAGGGAAAAGGAGAUGAGAAGGACUUUGAAGACACAAAAGAAAAGGGAGAAAGAAGAAAAAGGAAAGGUUUCGUCCAAAAGAAAAUCCACAGUCGCAGUAUCAAGCAAAUCAGAACAGGGAAAUAAAAAAAGGAAGUGUGGAGUAAAAGUGAAACGUCAACUACAAUUUGAAGAAAACUCUGACAGUGAUGUAAGUGACGCUGAUUGUCUCUACUGCAGUGAACUGUAUUCCUGUUCAAAGGAUUGUGAAGGAUGGGUAAGAUGCUCUGAAUGCCACCGCUGGGCCCACGAAGCUUGUGCAGGUUGUGAGGAGGAGGACGACGGCUUCUUGUGCGAACAUUGCCAUUAA